ACUACCGAGAAACCGAGAAGCGCAGCAGAGAGAAAGACGAAGGAGAUCUGACUCUGAGGAUACGAAGCUCGGGUUCUGAACCCACUGGCCCCGUCGAAUACUGAAGCUCUGCAAGACGAGCUGCGGUACCGUAGAGGGAGAGCGGGAGAGACGAGAGGGCAAGAGAAGAGACGACAGACGGAGAGCUCUCGAUUGGAGUACUUGCAGGCUGGGCACCGUCUUCAUCACAGCGUCUGAAGUGACUCGUAAGAGAGAUACGUAGCGUAGCGAGCAGAGCGCUGCUGCUGCUGGAGCUGCUACAACUGCCUCUGGAAGGGGAGGGGUGGGAAUGAGGGGAGGACGCUGGCCACAUAGGAGUGGAAGGCGCUGCUGCUGCUCAGACUGAAAGCUAGACAGAGCUGCAGAGAGGGCAGCGUCGUUGAGUGCUGCAGCUAGCAUCGUAGCUACUGUACAUAGGUGGCUAACGACAUAGGCGGAGUGGAUUGUAGCGAGUAGAGUCGAACUCGCGAGACAGAGACAGAGCCAGAGAGACAGAGCGAGAGAUUAACGGGAGGGAGGAUUUGAGACCGUCCGAGUAAUUUGCGAGCGAAGUUACAAGAGUGACAGUACAGGACGACGAGAGAAGAGAGGCGAGGCGAGGCGAGGACGAGAGUCGGCUGUUUGUUGGUUCUCGACUCAUCGCCUGGGCGUCUUGUCAGUGGAGCGGGGUGGCGGUCCACUUAUAGCUAGGCGAGGGCCCGAGCAAGGGGAGGUGGAAGGAGUGAGUGAGUGAGUGAGGAGUAGUCUGUCUGAUGAGUAGAUUGAGUUUUUGAAUCACCCCAUCUGCUUUUGGGCUGCUCUACGGGAGGACGAAAGGGGGCUCGCGUCUAGAGUAGAUGGAAAAGAGUGGAGGCUUUGACUGGCGCUGAAUUUGCAUUCGAGAGGUCAAACUCUCGCUAGGGGUGAAGUGGUCGGUCGGUCCCGCCCUCCGAGCCUAUUGAUGGUGGUGGCGGUCCUCGCUGGAGCGGAAGAAAUAGGAUUCCGAAAGCUCUCUGAAUUCUCGUUCGCUCUUGUCGAGCCCUCGUCAAUUGAUAUAUGGACUGAGAGUUGACUCAUUGCUCUUCAUUGCCGCGCUCAACCAGCUUCGGAGCUGCUUCUAAUCAUCCGCCAUCUUAGACAGAGAGAGACAGCGAGACGAGAGACGAGAGACGUGAGUGAAUGAGUGAUCGAGACCGAGCACGUCCUGCCUGAACCAGCUCAUCAAUCAAAAGGAGCUUAGAGAGACUUGAAGAGCACAAUUCUUCCCUAAGUAGAUCAAUCGACGAAAAAUCUCGAGGGUCAAUACUUCUUUGACCCGUCUGCUCGGUCUGCCAGACUGAGCACUCCGUGCAACGACUUCCAAGUCAUUCAAUCGAGAAGCAUUUCCAGGCUCCCAUAAUUGCAGGGAGUCACAAUUCCACCCAUUACGGCACUUCAUCGAGGAACCUGGUGACCGUCCGAGUUCCACCGCUGCGUGUUAGUCCAGCUGGUGGGGGAUAGCCAAAAUUCGCAUCGUCUCGGAGGGAGUUUAUUUUCUUCGACGAAUUGUCAGAGUGGGAGGAAGAGCAGAAAAGCCGUGCUUUUAGGAGAGAAGAUUCAAUGGGGAAUGCAGCGACCUGCAGUUUGGUGGAUGUGGUGGGCACGGUGACGGUGACGCAGACGGAUGGACAGAUGCUGGAAUUUGUUCAGCCCGUAUUCGCGUUCCAGGUGAGGAAGCUGCAUCCGGGGAAUUGGCUCGUGCAUUACAUGAGCGUGCACGAUCCCACAUUGGGGCAGCACAGCAAGAUGUCAAUGCUGGCGGGCAACGAGGAGCUUCAACCGGGAGAAAUCUACUUCCUGCUCCCCAUACCUUCGCAUUUCCGAAAGCAGCUCUUCGGCUCCAAGCGCCACUCGUCCAAAGGCAACCCCAAUGGGACCAGCACCAGCACCGGCACCGGCAACAACAGCCACCAUCACCACCAGUCCUCUUCCAAGGAUACUCAGAUUAGCCAGAGGCUGCAGCUGCAGCUGCAGCCUCUGUACGACAUCAUCGAAGGCACGACUCCCAAACCCCAGGAGAUAACCAUGUCCGCGCUCUCCACGACGCUGGCGACGCCGCUGCUCCAGCAGCAGACGCAACAUUACCUGUCAUCGUCGCUCAUGAGCAUUCCUCAGCAACGACCCACCAAGAGAUGCAGUCGCCAGAGAUUUCACGUCGCCAGAGAUUGCGAUUGGAGACCCACCCUGGUCACCAUCCCGGAGGUGUUUUAAGGGAGGCUCGAGGCCCUCUCGAAGGUGUCAUGAGUCCCGCCCCGCUGUUUUUUAACCUCACUUACAUUAACUUCCCUCGUAUCCGCCUGCGCCCCUUCGUCAUCGUCGCCGUCACCCCAUCACCAUCACACCAUCAUCUGCUACUGCUGCCGCUGCCAGAGCUUUUCGGUGUUUCGGACGAUCCUUUCAGUCUUGGACGGACUUGUAGAUCGACGAAUUGUUCAAUCCAAGCUCACUUGUAUAUUUUCAGGAUCGCUGCCGGCACUGGAUGACAGAUUAUGGAAGAUAGCAGCAGCUUCAGUAUCACGUCCACUGUUUCUCGUCUUUCGAAUGGAUCCCAAAUUUCUGCAGCAGAUUUGUAGGGCUGGUAGAGGGCUUGUAACCUAGUAAAGGAUUCUUUAGCUGAUUGGGUGCUCCCACAUCACGAGUUUAGGCAGAUUGAAAAAAGUUUCAAUCAGAUCAAGAGCUCUCCUCGAUCUCAGGAAUCUGCGUAGAUUUUCAGGUUACACACGCACCUACCUACCAGGCUGCCAGCCGCCUGACCAACGUUUUAGGUAGAGAUGCAGCAGUUGAGAGAUUGUUUGCGAUCGAAGUGGUUUGUAUCUUACUUGUUUUAAGAGUAUCCACUUGAGCACGGUAUAUAAAAUGUGAAUUUGCU